GGAUUCCGAAUUCCACUUCCAGCCGCGGCGGCGCUUCGACGUCCUCCCUCCGUCUCCCCCAAGGCGGCAGUGGUCCCGUCCUUCCGCUAGGCGUCUCGGAAAGACCGGAGUUUAUUCAGACGGUUUAAAAAGCACCGAAGCAGCUGCCGGAGCCGCGACUGAACUGGGAGGAGUCGCUUCCUCGGCGGAGCGUUUUGGGAAAAGCGAACCGAGCCUCUCCCGCCGCCAGCAGCGUCAGGACCACCCGGCUCGCCAGGCAAAGUUCUAUUGAUUUGUGACCAUGCGUGAAUACAGUGAAAGCAAGGAGACAUGUAUGACCAUCUGUCUCAAAUACCUGCUGUUCAUCUUCAACUUCUUCUUCUGGCUGGCAGGAGGAGCUGUGAUGGCAGUGGGCAUCUGGACCCUGGCUGAGAAGAGUGACUACAUUAGUCUCUUGCAGUCCAAUAUAUACCUGGCAACAGCCUACAUUCUGGUGGUGGCAGGUGCCGUUGUCAUGAUUACUGGCAUAUUGGGUUGCUGUGCAACCUUCAGGGAACAACGGACCCUGCUGAAAGUGUAUUUCAUACUACUGCUCUGCAUCUUCCUGCUUGAGAUAAUUGCUGGAAUCCUGGCCUGUGUCUAUUACCAGCAGCUGAACCACGAGCUGAAGGAAAAUCUGAGAAACACGAUAAUCAAGAAGUAUAGGAAAAAAGGAGAAGAGAGUGUGACUAAUGCGGUCGACAAACUUCAGCAGGAGUUUAAGUGCUGCGGCAGUCAUAAUUAUACAGACUGGAGUGACAGCUAUUGGUACAAAGUUGAAAAGGAAGGAAGGAAAGUCCCCGAUAGCUGCUGCAAGACAAUGACUGAUACCUGUGGUAAAAGAGAUCAUCCUUCAAAUAUCUAUAAAGAGGGUGGCUGUAUCACUAAGCUGGGAAAUUUUAUCCAGGAACACUUAAUAAUUAUUGGAGCAGUGGGGCUCAGCAUUGCAUUUGUACAGAUAUUUGGGAUGUGCUUUACUUGCUGUCUGUAUAAUAGCUUGAAGUUAGAGCCUUACUAAGAGCUCAUGGAUUGCCUACCUACUCAUUUCCUCCACGUUCCAGCCCGUCACCCUGACCUUCUCUACAGCAGCACAGAACUAUCAACCUUUCCAGGACUUUGCUGCUUCAAGGAAUUUAUUCUGGGAUCAUCCGGUGCCUCUGCCAGAAAUAAUAGUCCUCCUUGAGUCAGUAAGGAGGGAAUUCAGUGCUUAGCUAAGUCAUUUUUUUCCUCUCACUCCAACGUAAUGGAGCUAUAGAAUGCAGCCUGGUUGAAUUCUUUACAAGCACACAAUCUGAAAGAGAGCUCCCAAGGACAUGGUGCCUUUGUCUUUUCCCAAACCAUCAAUCAAGGUCUUUGAGUUCGGAGAUAUGACAACUAAGCAUUGUGUGUGUGUAGUAGAUGCUUUCUUCCUUUCCCUAAAUACAGUGUCUGUAUGGAAGUUUUCAUGACAUCUUACCCAAGAGGAUAGCUCUAUCUGUCAAUAGAUACUCCUACUGGAAAAUUUUUCCUCCUAAUUGCCUUACAGGAUGCUAUCCAGGGAUGGAUGAAUAAGAUAACCCUGCACAUUUUUGUUCCCUUCAAGGAAUAUUUUUGUCCUGGAGAAGAAUAUUCUUUUGUGUUUCUCAAACCAAAUGUUGGAAGACAUUAUUUUGUUCACAUAAUUAGAAAUUUUUGACUUUAAAAAAAUAAUAAUCAAAAACUUAUUGAGAUAAUCCCACUUUGAGGUAUGCAGUAAUAACUCUUCAUAGAAUUAGAUCCAUUUCCAGAAUGACAUCUCUUUUCACUGAGGAAAAAAUAUAUAUUAUCAAGUUUGAAGUCUGAUACAAAAGUCUCAUUUACCAGCCAGGUAUGAUCUGAUAGGAAGAGAUCCAAAAUUUUGAUCACUUUACAUUAUGAGUGAGAUUCAUUAGGAAAAAAAUGUUGAGAAAGUGGUGUCUUUUCUAAAAAGUGAUCAUUAAAAAUUUAUCAGCAAAGCAGAAAAGUGAUCACUACCUCUUUGCAGCCAUAGUAAUACUCCCAUGUUUAGGAGGCUGACCAGGCACUGGCUUCCAUCACUAGAUUUAUUAGAUUUCCCAAGAAUUCAUCCACAUGGAAAAUUCCUAGAGAAGCUGCCUAUCCUUUAUAGCCCUUCAGGGUCCAAUUGGCAUACCCAUUGCUAGAACAUUUUGUGCCCCUUCCUACAUCCCAUUUUGGGUUUCAGGUAUAAAGGUCUUUAGUUAAUGCUCGUUUAUCCCUCAUCCACAGCAGCGGGCACUCAAGAGUGCUUUUUAAAGUGUUCACUAUGGAUUGUUGUUCCUGCAAUCCCUGGCCAUUAGCCCUGCCAUUUGGGUUUUAUGGGAGAUAGUCCAUAGUCAUAGUGGGCCACCAGAUUGCCUAUCCCUGGUUAACAGACUACUACUGCCUGUAAGGUCUGUGAUGCUUUCGAACCUAGCAGGGAAACAGAUAUGUGAUUUACCUGGAGGUUGUUAGUACCAUUCUCCCUUUCCCCCAUCUCUUCCCUUAUUGGUUCUUUUGACAGAAUUGGCAGCAAGGGAAGUCACAUGAUCUGAGACUUCUUUUUCAGCCAGGACCAAUCCACUUUGAGUGGCCAUAUUCCCUUCCCCACCACAAAAUCACUAUUCAUUCUUUCAGAGAAAAAAAAGGUGGAAGAAGGUAUUUUUUAAAAUCUCUCUCUCUCUUCUUUCUUUCCCCUUUUUGUAGGCCCUUACUGCAAACACCUAACAUUAACUCACACUGUUCUGAAACAUCCAUGUCACUGUUUUGAGUUAGGAAGGCAAAUGGGAAGAUGAGAAGACAGAUCUCUUUUGUGUAAAUGCUCACACAGGAGUCGGGGGGGGGGGGAGGAUUCUCACUGUAAAGGUUGACAGGUCUUAAAUUAUUGACAGAAAUUCAUUUCUAGAAUUAGGGGUGAAUUAUUUCUUGAAUAUGACAUGGUGUGUUCCUUGAGAAAUGGGUUAUUAACUAAACUACUGCUAUGAUAGCUUGAAAUGAUGUUUGACUACUGAAAUGUACAUGCACAUUGGCUAGCUUUCUUUUUCCCUUCUUUCUGGGAGUCAUAUAGUACCAUGGUAUAAGCAGACCAGGUAUGCUGAUUGGUAAGCUGUGUCUGCUCUUUUUUUUUUCUUUUUUAAAAUAUAUGUAUAUAUUAACCAUGCUUAAAUGCAGUUAUGUUGCUGGCCAAUAAAGUUAAAUGUGUCUUUA